UUCGUUGGUGAGUGUGGAGACUUCCUUUUCAGCUUCUUUGGCCGGAUUUGAUUAAUUUAUCGUUUUCUUUUUGGAAAAGUAGUCUUUAUUCAUAUAGGCCUACUUCAUCGAGGAAUGUUGGAAGGAUCAAACAUGAAUAAUCGAGGCCUACUUCAUCGAGGAAAGUUGGAAGGAUCAAACAUGAAUAAUCGUAAAGCCUUAAAGAGGGUUCUUAAACCGGUAAUUGAAAAGAAGAGGCGUGAUAGGAUUAACCAACGGUUGGAUGAGCUAAGGACUAUACUGCUAAACAACACUUCUGACAUGCGGCUGAAAAAUCCUAAAUUGGAAAAAGCGGACAUUUUAGAGUUGACUGUCGAUUACAUACAAAGAAAAGCAAAUGGGAACAAUAGCAAAGCCCUCACAGAAAAUCCUGUGAAAGAGUCCUCUACUCCAGUGACUAGUGCUGUGAGUUCCAAAAGGACAGGCCCCAUACAUGAGCACACACAGCCCCCACCCAACCCCAUCUACAGUGCAGGUUUCAGAGAGUGCAUCUCCCGCCUGGGCAACGACAUUGACAGCGUGGAUCCCUCCCAGAGAGAGAGCUUUGUCCAGGAACUGAGGGACCACCUGGAUGCCCACAGCGCCUGCCCUCUGGGGAGGGUGCAGAGCCAGACCUUUCCCCUGAACCUCCAGUCCUGGGGCCCUGGAGCAGAAGGAACAUGCUUCCUGGGCAGAGUUCAGAACAGGAAGGACAGCACAGUGAUGGGUCAUCAACAAGCAGGCAGGGAGGCCACCUUCCCUAACAUCAACACCUCUCUUUCCAUCUAUCCCAGCACCUUUGUACUCCACCAACCCUACCCUACCCAACACAUCUCGCACCCAUACCCGUCUCCUCCUUACUCCCUCUCACCCCCACCCUCCCCCUGUUACUCAAACUCCUCGCCACCUUUCACCACUACCUCUCCAUACCUCUCCAUGCCCUGCCACUUCCCCUUCCCUCCUUCUCCCUCUGAACAUCCAUCAGAUUCCUUGUCAUCCUUGUCUUCUCACUCUACAUCUCUGCUUGUGGUGCCUCUGGUACCAGCCCAUCCUCCCCUGGUGUCCAGUCCCCCCACCCCUCUACGUCCCUCUGGCCCUGUGCCCGACGUCCCAACAAGGACUCUGAGGCGGUCACUGUUUCACAUCCAGCCCCAGGCAAUAUGGAGGCCCUGGCCCUGAUAUACAGUGGAGGGUAAGUGAAAUCCACCCAGGACAUGUACAGGUCUCCACAAUCUGUGUUCUGAGAGCAUCUGGCCAUCCAGAUCAUCACUGGACGCAUUCAGGACAACAUUCAUCUUUCCUAUCAAGCAGCGCGUGGUGAGGGCCGGCUACAUUAGAAAGAUGUCAAGGACAAUCAAACGUUUUCUGACAACCUGUCACUGUCACUUUAAAAGGCCUGUUAACAGACUGAAGAGUUCUCUGUUUUAUGACGUUUUCUGAAGAGCUUACUGUGUAGACUGCCUGGACCUCCUCUUUGUUUUCUGGUCAUGGACAAUGGAUUUUCUUCUUUUACAAUCCUAUACAGUUUUUCCCUGUAUCAGAUUCUUUCUUAAAUUGUAAAACAUUGUAUAUUUAUAUUUGAUCAUGUACAAAGUAUUGUA